CGCUACCUGUACAUAAUAGCAGUAUUGAGCGAUUUGAAUAGUGUAUACUGUUUGUUACAUUCCACGCAUUCGCCAUACAGUUGUUUUAUGGAUACGAACUGUGUACCGACAGCUCGACAUAUGUACAUAUCGACAACAACAUAGACAGAUGUCGUGCCACUGAGACAUUAAUUAAGACGACGAUCAAGAUAUAACACCAUGACAACCGUCUUCGUUACCAGUGGAUGACGUCAUACCUGGGACGGCCGACAGGUACUACCAGACGGUAGUUACUUACAAAGAUCAGAAAAUGCUAAACAUCACUACGACAUCAGAUCCUUGCGCGGGAAAUGGCUGCGAUUCUGACCCCACUCUCUCAUCGGAACUGGUGCUUAUUAUAUCAUUAGUGGCAUUUUUCUGUGCCAUCGUAUUCACAAUAGUGAUGAUUUGUUAUGUGAAAAAACAUUGCCGAAAAGAAACUAAAAAUGAAGAACCGACUAAGAACCCAACUGUAAGCGAACCACAAGAUGUCAGUUCGAUAAACCUCAGCACCCCGAAACAACAAACUACUUCUAACUUUUCAUUCAUCAGUAAAGUUAAUUCGGAAGUUAUUUUAGGGAGAACCCCGCGAGCAUCCGAAGACGACAGGCCGCAAUAUGUAUCGAGAUAUGUCAAUAUUGAACCAGAAAACGAUGCCCAAUACGCUGCUACAAAUGCUGCAUUUGUCGAUGACGAACCGGUUGCCAAGAAUGCUGCACUCAACGAUGAUACACCUAAUACGGAGACUGUGAAAAACGAGGACAUGCAAAUUGAUAUGCACAAUUGUGACGAUGAUGACGAUGACCUAAAUGAAUCUGACGUUAUUGAUGACAUCAUGAAUUUGGCAUAUGCUUUGGAACUGCAGGCACAGCGAGGGGAUGGAACAUUUGACCUAUCUGUCCUUUGACCGUUGAAAAAGUGAAAAUGUCUAAAUUGAUCAAAUUUAUUUUUAAUUUGGCGAUAAAUUGUACCAUUAUUUUGUUAUUGGCUUAGACAUGAGUUUUUAAUAAGCUAAAUACCGUUAAUAACAAACAUGUUGGGAAUACUCUAUAAUUGUUUAUAAUUAUGGCGUUACAGAGUACUUAAAUUUCGCUUCAUUAAUUGUUACACUACACUACACCACACUACACUACACUACACUACACUACACUACACAAAACUACACAAAACUACACAAAACUACACAAAACUACACAAAACUACACUACACAAAAUUACACUACCCAAAACUACACUACACCGUGACUACACU